AAGAGGGCCUCCUCUGGAGAGAAGGUCUGCUGCCUGAUUCUCCACCCCCGGCAGGUCUAUUGUCUGAAGGAAGAGGGCCUCCUCUGGAGAGAAGGUCUGCUUCCUGAUUCUCCACCCCCGGCAGGUGUAUUGUCUGAAGGAAGAGGGCCUCCUCUGGAGAGAAGGUCUGCUUCCUGAUUCUCCACCCCCGGCAGGUGUAUUGUCUGAAGGAAGAGGGCCUCCUCUGGAGAAAAGGUCUGCUUCCUGAUUCUCCACCCCCGGCAGGUGUAUUGUCUGAAGGAAGAGGGCCUCCUCUGGAGAGAAGGUCUGCUGCCUGAUUCUCCACCCCCGGCAGGUGUAUUGUCUGAAGGAAGAGGGCCUCCUCUGGAGAGAAGGUCUGCUUCCUGAUUCUCCACCCCCGGCAGGUGUAUUGUCUGAAGGAAGAGGGCCUCCUCUGGAGAGAAGAUCUGCUUCCUGAUUCUCCACCCCCGGCAGAUGUAUUGCUCUGAGGGAUGUAAGGUGUCUGUUUGACCAAAGCAGUAGCUCCCCAGCUACUAGCCAUUGACGCUGGCGGUUCAUGUGUGCAACCACAGUUUGGUUGUCUGUCCGUAUCAGUACGUGUUGUCUUCUCAGUACUGGGAUGAAGUGACGGAGUGCCUGGAGUAAACCGCCUUGAGCUCCAGGACGUUGAUGUGAACCGUUGUCCAUGGACCCCUGACUGGUUCAAGACCGCUCCCCGUCCCUGUACGGAGGUGUCUGUGGUCAAAGUCAUCUGAACUGCGUCUAGGAGAACUCCACUGGGAGUAAAACAAAUAAUAUAUAUAUAUAUAUAUAUAUAUAUAUAUAUAUAUAUUUUAGAGGUAAGUUGACUGAGAACACAUUCUCAUUUACAGCAAUGACCUGGGGAAUAGUUACAGGGAAGAGGAGGGGGGACGAAUGAGCCAAUUGGAAGCUGGGGAUGAUUAGGUGGCCAUGAUGGUAUUUAGCCAGGACACCAGGAUUAACACUCUUACGAUAAGUGCCAUGGGAUCUUUAGUGACCACAGAGAGUCAGGACACCCAUUUAACAUCCCAUCCGAAAGACAGCACCCUACACAGGGCAAUGUCCCCAAUCACUGCCCUGGGGCAUUGGGAUAUAUACUGAACAAAAAUAUAAACGCAACAUGUAACAAUUUCAACGAUUUUACUGAGUUACAGUUAAUAUAAGGAAAUCAGUCAAUUGAAAUAAAUUCAUUAGGCCCUAAUCUAUGGAUUUCACAUGACUGGGCAGAGGUGCAGCCAUUGGUGGGCCUGGGAGGGCAUAGGCCCACCCAAAUGGGAGCCAGGCGCACCGACUGGGGAGCCAGGCUCAGCCAAACAGAAUUCGUUUUUCCACACAAAAGGGCUUUAUUACAGACAGAUAUACUCCUCAGGUUCAUCAGCUGUCCAGGUGGCUGGUCUCAGAUGAUCCCGCAGGUGAAGAAGCCGGAUGUGGAGGUCCUAGGCUGGCAUGGUUACACGUGGUCUGCGAUUGUGAGGCCGGUUGGAUGUACUGCCAAAUUCUCUAAAACCAUGUUGGAGGUGGCUUAUGGUAGAGAAAUUAACAUUAAAUUAUCUGGCAACAGCUAUUGUGGACAUUCCUGCAGUCAGCAUGCCAAUUGCAUGCGCCCUCAAAACUUUAGACAUCUGUGGCAUUGUGUGACAAAACUGCACAUUUUAGAUUGGCCUUUUAUUGUCCCCAGCACAAGGUGCACCUGUGUAAUGAUCAUACUGUUUAAUCAGCUUCUUGAUAUGCCACACCUGUCAGGUGGAUGGAUUAUCUUGGCAAAGGGGAAAUGUUCAAGAACAGCGAUCUAACCAAAUUUGUGAGAAAUAAGCUUUUUGUGCAUAUGGACAAAUUCAGGGAUAUUUUAUUUCAACUCAUGAAACAUGGGACCAACACUUUACAUGUUUAUAUUUUUGUUCAGUAUAUAUAUAUUUUUAUACCAUAGGAAAGACCGCCCCCUACUGACCCUCCAACACCACUUCCAGCCGCAUCUGGUGCACAGCUCCUGAGUGGCGCAGUGGUCUAAGGCGCUGCAUCGCAGUGCUAGCUGUGCCACUAGAGAUCCUGGUUUGAAUCCAGGCUCUGUCGCAGCCGGCCGCGACCGGGAGACUCAUGGGCGGCGCACAAUUGGCCCAGCGUCGUCCAGGGUAGGGGAGGGAAUGGCCGGCAGGGAUGUAGCUCAGUUGAUAGAGCAUGGCGUUUGCAACGCCAGGGUUGUGGGUUCGAUUCCCAUGUGGGGCCAGUAUAAAAAAAUUAAAAUAAUUUAAAAAAUGACUAAAAUGUAAAUGUAAAUCUGGUCUCCCAUCCAGGGACUGACCAGGACCAACCCUACUUAGCUUCAGAGGCAAGCCAGCAGUGGGAUGCAGGGUGGCUGCUGGGAGUUUGAAGUGCUAGGCGUCACCACUGUAUUGCUCUUCAGCAACUCAUUGAAAAUGUCAGCUUUUUGUGUUCGUCACUUCUGGGACAUAAACUCAGCAAAAAAAGAAAUGUCAAUUUUUCAGGACCCUGUCUUUCAAAGAUAAUUUGUAAAAAUCCAAAUAACUUCACAGAUCUUCACUGUAAAGGGUUUAAACACUGUUUCCCAUGCUUGUUCAAUGAACCAUAAACAAUUAAUGAACAUGCACCUGUGGAACGGUUGUUAAGACACUAACAGCUUACAGACGGUAGGCAAUUAAGGUCACAGUUAUGAAAACUUAGGACACUAAAGAGACCUUUCUACUGACUCUGAAAAACACCAAAAGAAAGAUGCCCAGGGUCCCUGCUCAUCUGCAUGAAUGUGCCUUAGGCAUGCUGCAAGGAGGCAUGAGGACUGCAGAUGUGGCCAGGGCAGUAAAUUGCAAUGUCCGUACUGUGAGACACCUAAGACAGCGCUACAGGGAGACAGGACGGACAGCUGAUCGUCCUUGCAGUGGCAGACCACGUGUAACAACACCUGCAGAUGAUCGGUACAUCCGAACAUCACACCUGCGGGACAGGUACAGGAUGGCAACAACAACUGCCCGAGUUACACCAGGAACGCACAAUCCCUCCAUCAGUGCUCAGACUGUCCGCAAUAGGCUGAGAGAGGCUGGACUAAGGGCUUGUAGGCCUGUUGUAAGGCAGGUCCUCACCAGACAUCACGGGCACAAACCCACCGUCGCUGGACCAGACAGGACUGGCAAAAAGUGCUCUUCACUGACGAGUCGCGGUUUUGUCUCACCAGGGGUGAUGGUCGGAUUCGCGUUUAUUGUCGAAGGAAUGAGCGUUACACCAAGGCCUGUACUCUGGAGCGGGAUCGAUUUGGAGGUGGAGGGUCCGUCAUGGUCUGGGGCGGUGUGUCACAGCAUCAUCGGACUGAGCUUGUUGUCAUUGCAGGCAAUCUCAACGCUGUGCGUUACAGGGAAGACAUCCUCCUCCCUCAUGUGGUACCCUUCCUGCAGGCUCAUCCUGACAUUACCCUCCAUGACAAUGCCACCAGCCAUACUGCUCGUUCUGUGCGUGAUUUCCUGCAAGACAGGAAUGUCAGUGUUCUGCCAUGGCCAGCGAAGAGCCCGGAUCUCAAUCCCAUUGAGCACGUCUGGGACCGGAUCGGAGGGUGAGGGCUAGGGCCAUUCCCCUCAGAAAUGUCAGGGAACUUGCAGGUGCCUCACAGCAAGAACUGGCAAAUCUGGUGCAGUCCAUGAGGAGGAGAUGCACUGCAGUACUUAAUGCAGCUGGUGGCCACACCAGAUACUGACUGUUACUUUUGAUUUUGACCCCCCACCUUUGUUCAGGGACACAUUAUUCCAUUUCUGUUAGUCACAUGUCUGUGGGACUUGUUCAGUUUAUGUCUCAGUUGUUGAAUCUUGUUUUGUUCAUACAAAUAUUUACACAUGUUAAGUUUGCUGAAAAUAAACGCAGUUGACAGUGAAAGGACAUUUUCUUUUUUUGCUGAGUUUAGAUUGUGUCGGUUGUACCACCAUUGCAUUGCUCUCCAGCAACUCAUUGAAAUUGUCAGUCCUUCUGGGACAUAGAUUGUGUCGGUUGUACCACCAUUGCAUUGCUCUCCAGCAACUCAUUGAAAUUGUCAGUCCUUCUGGGACAUAGAUUGUGUCGGUUGUACCACCAUUGCAUUGCUCUCCAGCAACUCAUUGAAAUUGUCAGUCCUUCUGGGACAUAGAUUGUGUCGGUUGUACCACCAUUGCAUUGCUCUCCAGCAACUCAUUGAAAUUGUCAGUCCUUCUGGGACAUAGAUUGUGUCGGUUGUAGCUAUAUUGACUGCAGCAGCUAGGAGGCCUAGACUCUCUGUCACCUGUUUUCUCAGUUUAAAUCUCUUUCUGGAGAGAGUGUGUUGCUCGCAUGAUUUGACUGUCCAGUGUCAAGCCCAGGAAGUGCACGUGCACACACUGAGUGGGGACCAGAAAACUAUUUUCCAAGUUCAUUGUUAGUCCCAACUCGGAGAGGUGAAGUGAGACCAUGGAUGUGUUUGCCAAAGCUUGGCUUUGUGACCCUGCACAUAUUAGCAAAUCAUUUAAGUAGUUCAGGACCCUGACUUUGGCGAAGGGGGGCCUUUGUGAAAGUGUGAGGGGGGAGCAAAAGGCCGAAGGGUCAAACGCAAAACUGAUAAACAAGUUUUUCAAAGGCAAAUGUGAAGUAUUUUCUGUGUGCUGGUAGAAUGGGGAUGUGAAAGUAUGAGUCUUUCAGGUCCACUGCGGUGAACCAAUCACCUGGUUGUACUGACCGAAGGGUGGUUUUGAUUGACAGCAUUUUGAAGGGAAGUGCUGAAAGAUGACGAUUCAGCCACCUUAGGUCCAGGAUCGGACUGAGGCCACCUUAGGUCCAGGAUCGGACUGAGGCACCUUAGGUCCAGGAUCGGACUGAGGCCACCUUAGGUCCAGGAUCGGACUGAGGCACCUUAGGUCCAGGAUCGGACUGAGGCCACCUUAGGUCCAGGAUCGGACUGAGGCACCUUAGGUCCAGGAUCGGACUGAGGCCACCUUAGGUCCAGGAUCGGACUGAGGCCACCUUAGGUCCAGGAUCGGACUGAGGCCACCUUAGGUCCAGGAUCAGACUGAGGCCUCCGCCUUUUUUUGGCACCAGAAAAUACAUUGAAAACCCGCAGUUUUGUUGCGCUGGUUAUACAUCUUCAAUUGCAUGCUUUUCCAGGAGCAAGGAGAUUUCUGAGCAGAGUGUUUGCUUUUGAGCAGGGUUGUGAGCUUUGAUUUUCAAGACACCCCUUUCAUCACAUUCCCAGUGGGUCAGAAGUUUACAUACACUCAAUUAGUAUUUGGUAGCAUUGCCUUUAAAUUGUUUAACUUGGGUCAAACGUUGCGGUAGCUUUCCACAAGCUUCCCACAAUAAGUUGGGUGAAUUUUGGUCCAUUCCUCCUGACAGAGCUGGUGUAACUGAGUCAGGUUUGUAGGCCUCCUUGCUCGCACAUGCUUUUUCAGUUCUCCCCACACAUCUUCUGUAGGAUUGAGGUCAGGGCUUUGUGAUGGCCACUCCAAUACCUUGACUUUGUUGUCCUUAAGCCAUUUUGCCACAACUUUGGAAGUAUGCUUGUGGUCAUUGUCCAUUUGGAAGACACAUUUGCGACCAAGCUUUCACUUCCUGACUGAUGUCUUGAGAUGUUGCUUCAAUAUAUCCACAUAAUUUUCCUUCCUCAUGAUGCCAUCUAUUUUGUGAAGUGCACCAGUCCCUCCUGCAGCAAAGCACCCCCACAGCAUGAUGCUGCCACCCCUGUGCUUCACGGUUGGGAUGGUGUUCUUCGGCUUGCAAGCUACCUCCUUUUUCCUCCAAAAAUAACGAUGGUCAUUAUUGCCAAACAGUUCUAUUUUUGUUUAAUCAGACCAGAGGACAUUUCUCCAAAUAGUACGAUCUUUGUCCCCAUGUGCAGUUGCAAACCGUAGUCUGGCUUUUUUAUGGCGGUUUUGGAGCAGUGGCUUCUUCUUUGCUGAGCGGCCUUUCAGGUUAUGUCGGUAUAGGACUCGUUUUACUGUGGAUAUAUAUACUUUUGUACCUGUUUCCUUCAGCAUCUUCACAAGGUCCUUUGCUGUUGUUCUGGGAUUAAUUUACCCUUUUCGCACCAAAGUACGUUCAUCUCUAGGAGACAGAACGCGUCUCCUUCCUGAGCGGUAUGAAGGCUGCGUGGUCCCAUGGUGUUUAUACCUGCGUACUAUUGUUUGUACAGAUGAACGUGGUACCUUCAGGCGUUUGGAAAUUGCUCCCAAGUAUGAACCAGACUUGUGGAGGUCUACAAUUUCUUUUCUGAGGUCUUGGCUGAUUUCUUUUGAUUUUCCCACGAUGUCAAGCAAAGAGGCACUGAGUUUGAAGGUAGGCCUUGAAAUACAUCUACAGGUACACCUCCAAUUGACUCAAAUGUUGUCAAUUAGCCUAUCAGAAGCUUCUAAAGCCAGGGAUGUAGCUCAGUUGGUAGAGCAUGGCGUUUGCAACGCCAGGGUUGUGGGUUCGAUAAAAUAAUGUAUGUGCUAACUGUAAGUCGCUCUGGAUAAGAGCGUCUGCUAAAUGACUAAAAUGUAAAUGUAAUGUAAAUUACAUAAUUUUCUGGAAUUCUCCAAGCUGUUUAAAGGUACAGUCAACUUAGUGUAUGUAAACUUCUGACCCACUGGAAUUGUGAUAAACUAUAGUUUGUUAACAAGACAUUUGUGGUGGUUGAAAAACGAGUUUUAAUGACUCCAACCUAAGUGUAUGUGAACUUCCGACUUCAACUGUAAGUAAAAAAUACUUUAAAGUACUACUUAAGUCGUUUUUUGGUGUCACGCCCUGACGUAUGGAGCUCUUGUAUGUUGAGUCAGGGUGUGGAGAUCUAUGUGAUGUAUUCUAUGUUUAGGAUCUAGGAUUCGUAUUUCUAUGUCUGGCCGGGUGUGGUUCCCAAUCAGAGGCAGCUGUCGCUCGUUGUCUCUGAUUGGGGAUCAUACUUAAGUAGCCUGUUUGCCUACCUUAGUCGUGGGAUCUUGUUCCGUGUUAGGCUUGUAUUGUGUAUAGCCUUGGACGUCCCGUCCCGUCGGUUUGUUGUUUUGUCGUGAGUGUUUAUUCGUUUAAUAAACAUGUUCGCAUACCACGCUGCACCUUGGUCUGACCCGUCUCUCAACGUUCGUGACAUUUGGGUAUCUGUACUUUACUAUUUAUAUUUUAGACUUUUAUUUUUACUCCACUACGUUCCUAAAGAAAAUACUGUACUUUUUACAUUUUCCCUGACACCCAAAAGUACUCGUUACAUUUUGAAUGCUUAGCAGGACAGAAAAAUUGUCUAAUUCAUGCACUUAUCAAGAGAACAUCCCUGGUCAUCCCUACUGCCUCUGAUCAGGCAGACUCACUAAACACACAUGCUUCCUUUGUAAAUUAUGUCUGACUGUUGCAGUGUGCCCCUGGCUAUCCGUGAAUUUUAAAAAACAAGAAAAUCGUGCCGUCUGGUUUGCUUAAUAUAAGGAAUUUGAAAUGAUUUAUACUUUCACUUUUGAUACUUAAGCAUAUUUAAAACCAAAUACUUUUAGACUUUUACUCAAGUAGUAUUUUACUGGGUGACUUUUACUUGAAUAAUUGUAUUUUAAGGUAUCUUUACUUUUACUCAAGUAUGACAAUUGGGUACUUUUUCCACUACUGGUAUCUAGGCCACUGUGUUCUUGAGGGGAAAAAACAACAACAAUUUUAAUCAAUUUUAGAAUAAGGCUGUAAUGUAACAAAAUGUGUAAAAAGUCAAAAGGGGUCUGAAUACUUUCCGAAUGAAGAGCUGUAGCCCUUAUCUAUGAAGAGCUGUAGCCCUUAUAUAUGAAGAGCUGUAGCCCUUAUAUAUGAAGAGCUGUAGCCCUUAUAUAUGAAGAGCUGUAGCCCUUAUAUAUGAAGAGCUGUAGCCCUUAUAUAUGAAGAGCUGUAGCCCUUAAGAGCUGUAGCCCUUAUAUAUGAAGAGCUGUAGCCCUUAUAUAUGAAGAGCUGUAGCCCUUAUAUAUGAAGAGCUGUAGCCCUUAUAUAUGAAGAGCUGUAGCCCUUAUAUAUGAAGAGCUGUAGCCCUUAUAUAUGAAGAGCACUUACAGUAUCUACAGUAUGAAGAGAGAGAGGCUAUAAGGGCACUCCUGACCUGUAAAACUAGUAAACAAAAUCUGAAACUGACCCUUACCUUAACUAAUCCCUAACCUACAUUUUAACCAAUUCUGAAAUUAAAUAUUAUUUUGCAGGUCAGGAGUGACCGUAUAGCCUUUUGAAGAGCAUGUGGGCCGCUAGCCUUAACAAUACUAACCGUGUACAAAGUAGUACUUCAUAAUACUAAUCGUGUACAAAGUAGUACUUCAUAAUACUAACCGUGUACAAAGUAGUACUUCAUAAUACUAACCGUGUACAAAGUAGUACUUCAUAAUUCUAACCGUGUACAAAGUAGUACUUCAUGAUACUAACGUGUACAAAGUAGUACUUCAUAAUACUAACCGUGUACAAAGUAGUACUUCAUUCAACAUGAUCCUAAUAUUAUUUACUUUCUGACAAAGCAGCACUGAUUGAAUCGUGUUGUUGUUUACUGUUUACUACUGGUAGAUCACUUCCUGUGGCCCUAUGACAUAAAAACAGUGUUACAUUCAACAACUCCAAUCGUUUUAUUUUUCUGAUAUUAGGAUAUUACACUCUGAUCCUUUGUUGCAGUGCAACACGGAUUGCAUAAUGUAUUGUUGUUUACUGUUUCUUCCUGGUAGGUCACUUCCUGUUGACGUACCUCCUGAUUGGCCUACUAAAGCGGAGCGCUCCGGCCCGCAUCGUCGUGGUUUCCUCCCUGGCUCAUAACUUUGGCUGGAUCCGCUUCCAUGACCUCCUCAGCCAGGGCAGCUACAACAGCGGCCUCGCAUACUGCCAGAGCAAGCUGGCCAACGUCCUGUUCGCUAGGGAGCUGGCCCGCAGACUCAAAGGUAGGGAGGGGGAGAGGGAGGGGGAAGAGUGAGGGAAGGGGAGAGGGAGGGGGAAGAGCGAGGGAGGGUGGAGAGGGAGGGCAGAGGGGGGGAUUGGCUUGGGAGGGGGAAGCGCGCGCGGAGGGGGGAGAGGGAGGGGGAAGAGCGAGGGAUGGGGAGUGGGAGGGGGGCAGAGCGAGAGGGUGAGUCGGUAGGGGGGAAGAUCGGAGAGGGGGGGAGGGAGGCGGAAGAGCGGGGAGGGGGAGAGGGAGGGGGAAGAGAGAGGGGGGUGGAGUGGGGAGUGGAAGAUCGAGGGCGGGGGAGGGAGUGAGUGUGAGGGGGAAGAGCGGGGAGGGGGGGGGGGUUGGGAGGGGGAGAAGAGCGAGGAGGGGGAGUGGGAUGGGGGGAUGAGCGAGGGAGGGGGGCGGGAGGGGGAGAGGCGAGGGAGGGGAGGGGAUUGGUGUUAAGAGCGAGGGAGGGGGAAGAGCGAGGGGGGGAAGGAGUGGGAUGGGGGAAGAGCGAGGGAGGGGGAAGACGAGUGAGGGGGAGUGGAUGGGAAGAGCGAGGGAGGGGGAGUGGGAUGGGGGAAGAGCGAGGGAGGGGAAGUGGGUUACAUACUACAGUGCAUUCUGAAAGUUCUCAGACCUCUUCCCUUUUUACACAUUUUGCUACGUUACAACCUUAUUCUAAAAUUGAUUAAAUACUUUUUUUUCCUCAUCAUUCUACACACAAUACCCCAUAAUGACAAAGCAAAAACAGGUUUUUAGAAAUGUUAGCAAAUUUAUGAAAGAAAAAAAAAACUGAAAUACCUUAUUUACAUAAGUAUUCAGACUCUUUGCAAUGAGACUCGAAAUUGAGCUCAGGUGCAUCCUGUUUCCGUUGAUCAUCCUUGAGAUAUUUCUACAACUUGAUUGGAGUCCACCUGUGGUAAAUUCAAUUGAUUGGACAUGAUUUGGAAAGGCACACACCUGGCUAUAUAAAGGUCCCUCAGUUGACAGUGCAUGUCAGAGCAAAAACCAAGCCAUGAGGUCGAAGGAAUUGUCGAAGAAAACAUUUCUGCAGCAUGCAGAUGGUAGAGUGGCCAGAUGAAAGCCACUCCUCAGUAAAAGGCACAUGACAGCCCGCUUGGAGUUUGCCAAAAGGCACCUAAAGGACUCUUAGACCAUGAGAAACAAGAUUCUCUGGUCUGAUGAAACCAAGAUUGAACUCUUUGGCCUGAAUGCCAAGCGUCAUGUCUGGAGGAAACCUGGCACCAUCCCUAUGGUGAAGCAUGGUGGCGGCAGCAUCAUGCUGUGGGGAUGUUUUUCAGCGGCAGGGACUGGGAGACUAGUCAGGAUCGAGGGAAAGAUGAACGGAGCAAAGUACAGAGAGAUCCUUGAUGUAAACCUGCUCCAGAGCGCUCAGGACCUCAGACUGGGGAGAAGGUUCACCUUCCAACAGGACAACGACCCUAAGCACACAGCCAAGACAACGCAGGAGUGGCUUCGGGACAAGUCUCUGAAUGUCCUUGAGUGGCCCAGCCAGAGCCCGGACUUGAACCCAAUCGAACAUCUCUGGAGAGACCUGAAAAUAGCUGUGCAGCGACGCUCCCCAUCCAACCUGACAGAGCUAGAGAGGAUCUGCAGAGAAGAAUGGGAGAAACUCCCCAAAUACAGGUGUGCCAAGCUUGUAGCGUCAUACCCAAGAAGACUCGAGGCUGUAAUCGCUGCCAAAGGUGCUUCAACAAAGUACUGAGUAAAGGAUCUGAAUACUUAUGUAAAUGUGAUAUUUCCGUUUAUUUUAUUUUAUACAUUAGCAAAAAUUUAUAAAAAACAGUUUUUGCUUUGUCAUUAUGGGGUAGCUUUAUGAGGGGAAAAAACAAUUUCAUCCAUUUUAGAAUAAGGCUGUAACGUAACAAAAUGUGGAAAAAGUCAAGGGGUCUGAAUACUUUCCGAAUGCACUGAACAAAAAUAUAAAACGCAACACGCAACAAUUCCAAAGAUUGUAUUGAGUUACAGUUCAUAUAAGGAAAUCAGUCAAUUGAAUUGAAUUCAUUAGGCCCUAAUCUAUAGAUUUCACAUGACUGGGCAGGAGUGCAGCCAUGGGUGGGCCUGGGAGGGCAUAGGCCCACCCAACUGGGGAGCCAGGCCCAGCCAAUCAGAAUGCGUUUUUCCCCACAAAAGGGCUUUAUUACAAACAGAAAUACUCCUCAGUUUCAUCAGCUGUCCGGGUGGCUGGUCUCAGACGACCCCGCAGGUGAAGAAGCCGGAUGUGGAGGUCCUGGGCUGGCGUGGUUACACGUGGUCUGGGGAGGUCCUGGGCUGGCGUGGUUACACGUGGUCUGGGGAGGUCCUGGGCUGGCGUGGUUACACGUGGUCUGGGGAGGUCCUGGGCUGGCGUGGUUACACGUGGUCUGGGGAGGUCCUGGGCUGGCGUGGUUACACGUGGUCUGGGGAGGUCCUGGGCUGGCGUGGUUACACGUGGUCUGGGGAGGUCCUGGGCUGCGUGGUUACACGUGGUCUGGGGAGGUCCUGGGCUGGUUGUGUUAGACUGGUCUGGGGAGGUCCUGGGCUGGCGUGGGUGACACGUGGUCUGGGGAGGUCCUGGGCUGCGUGGUUCUACGUGGUUCUGGGGAGGGUCCUGGGCUGGCAUGGUUACACAUGGUCUGGGGAGGUCCUGGGCUGGCGUGGUUACACAUGGUCUGGGGAGGUCCUGGGCUGGCGUGGUUACACAUGGUCUGGGGAGGUCCUGGGCUGGUGUGGUUACACAUGGUCUGCGGUUGUGAGGCCGGUUGGACGUACUGCAAAAUUCUCUAAAACGACGUUGGAGGCGGCUUAUGGUAGAGAAAUGAACAUUAAAUUCUCUGGCAUCAGCUCUGGUGGACGUUCCUGCAGUCCGCAUGCCAAUUGCACGCUCUCUCAAAACUUGAGACAUCUGUGGCAUUGUGUUGUGUAACAAAACUACACAUUUUAGAUUGGCCUUUUAUUGUCUCCAGCACAAGGUGCACCUGUGUAAUGAUCAUGCUGUUUAAUCAGCUUCUUGAUAUGCCACACCUGUCAGUUGGACAGAUUAUUUUAGCAAAGGAGAAAUGUUCACUGACAGGGAUGUAACCAAAUUUGUGCACAGAAUUUGAGAGAAAUAAGCUUUUUGUGCGUUUGAAACAUUUCUGGGAUCUUUUAUUUCAGCUCAUGAAACAUGGGACCAACACUUUACAUGUUGCAUUUAUAUUUCUGUUCAGUAUACUGACCAAUGUGUCUCAGGGGGCUGGGGAUAAAGCAAAAAGCCUGUCCUUUGACAAUAGCAUGGUAACUGACUUCCUCUCUUCAUCCCUCCCUCCCAGGUUCCAGUGUGACAGUGAACUCUGUCCACCCGGGGUCGGUGCUCUCGGAGCUGGUCCGCCACUCCACCAUCAUGUCUCUGCUGUUCUCGCUGUUCUCCAUGUUCCUGAAGAGCCCUCGGCAGGGGGCCCAGACAUCCAUCUACUGUGCCGUGGCGGAGGAGCUGCACUCCCUCACCGGGAAACACUUCAGGUGAGAUUACAGUGUGAAGCUCAGCAGGUUCUGCCCCUGAUCCUCGUUAGAUGGAACUGUGAUUCCAAUGGCUCAGUGGGUUAUAUGGAACUGUGAUUCCAAUGGCUCAGUGGGUUAUAUGGAACUGUGAUUCCAAUGGCUCAGUGGGUUUUAUAGAACUGUGAUUCCAAUGGCUCAGUGGGUUUUAUAGAACUGUGAUUCCAAUGGCUCAGUGGGUUUUAUAGAACUGUGAUUCCAAUGGCUCAGUGGGUUAUAUAGAACUGUGAUUCCAAUGGCUCAGUGGGUUAUAUAGAACUGUGAUUCCAAUGGCUCAGUGGGUUGUAUGGAAAUGUGAUUCCAAUGGCUCAGUGGGUUUUAUAGAACUGUGAUUCCAAUGGCUCAGUGGGUUAUAUAGAACUGUGAUUCCAAUGGCUCAGUGGGUUUUAUAGAACUGUGAUUCCAAUGGCUCAGUGGGUUUUAUAGAACUGUGAUUCCAAUGGCUCAGUGGGUUUUAUAGAACUGUGAUUCCAAUGGCUCAGUGGGUUAUAGUGCUGAGCGAUUAGUGCUUUUUGAGGUCGGUUCGGUUUCGGUUCGAUUAUAUAUUUAAAAAAAUGUAAACACUGUUUUCGCUUUCGAUUAUUUGUUUCUAACAAAUGCACUAUGUGGGUUGAACGCUGUAACACAAAAUACAACAAUUAGUAAAAGUCCCGUGAUGGUAGUGACUGCCCAUUACCGCUUAUCACUUAUUAACCAUCAGUUAUAAAUAUUACUUUAAUAAAAUAUUCCAGUUGUUGUGUAUAUUCCAUUAGUUUUAUUUGUUGACUUUAUUAUUUCAUUCCAAGUCAUCAUCUCACCUAUAGAGCUGCUGCCUACGCUGACUGACUAAAUCACUAUUUUAGUAGUUCUUCAAGGUAAAUAAGGCUGACUUUAAACACCAACUAUCAAUCACUUAGAUCAGGGUUGCCCAACCCUGUUCCUGGAGAGCUGCCCUCCUGUAGGUUUUCGCUCCAACCCCAGGUGUUACUAACCUGAUUCAUUUUAUCAACCUGCUAAUUAUUAGAAUCAGGUGUGCUAGAUUAGGGUUGGAGCAAAAACCUACAGGAGGGUAGCUCUCCAAAAAUAGGGUUGGCAGUCCUGACUUAGAUCAUGUAUUUUCAGGUAGAGAUUCCUCGCGAAGCGACUGCUCUCUAUUCCUCUCGAUUGAGAGUUAUUCUGUCUCUCUCCGUUUCUGCGCUCCCAGCAUAGAGCAGACAAGUAGACGAGCAAUGGUUUAUGGUCAUUGUAGUUAAUUUCCACAUUUUCUGCGCUCAAACAUUGUAGAAUAUUGGCCUGUUGGAAACUACAACUCCGUAUUACAUCGCACAGUUCGGGCUGGAUCUGAUUCAUCUCUAGAGAAACUGUGCAUUGAGCUCACAGAAAAAACCUGACGAAAUGGAAUCCAAAUACUUGAACCGACGACGUCGGUCCAUUAUUUGUUUAAAAACCGAUAACACAUUUUGGUUAAUCGCUCAGCACUAGUGCUGAACAUGAUGCUGUGGGUUAGAGCUUGGUGCAUGCUGAAGGUUGUGGUGAGAACAUGGUGCUGCAGGUUGUGGGUUAGAGCUUGGUGCUGCAAAAAUGGUGCCUGUUGGGUUGAACAUGGUGCUGAGGUGGGGUUAGAACAUGGUGGCAGGGUGGUUGAAACAGGUGCUGCAGGUUGUGGGUUAGAACAUGGUGUUUGCAGGUUGUGGGUUAGAACAUGGUGCUGCAGGUUGUGGGUUAGAACAUGGUGCUGUGGGUUAGAACAUGGUGCUGCAGGUGUGGGUUUAGAACAUGGUGCUGCAGGUUGUGGGUUUAGAACAUGGUGCUGCAGGUUGUGGGUUAGAACAUGGUGCUGCAGGUGUGGGUUAGAACAUGGUGCUGAGGUGUGGGUUAGAACAUGGUGCUGCAGGUGUGGGUUAGAACAUGGUGCUGGGUUGGGUUAGAACAUGGUGCUGAGGUGGGGUUAGAACAUGGUGCUGUGGGUUAGAACAUGGUGCUGCAGGUUGUGGGUUAGAACAUGGUGCUGCAGGUUGUGGGUUAGAACAUGGUGCUGCAGGUUGUGGGUUAGAACAUGGUGCUGCAGGUUGUGGGUUAGAACAUGGUGCUGCAGGUUAGAACAUGGUGCUGCAGGUUGUGGGUUAGAACAUGGUUGCUGCAGGUUUUAGAACAUGGCUGCAGGUUGUGGGUUAGAACAUGGUGCUGCAGGUUGUGGGUUAGAACAUGGUGCUGCAGGUUGUGGGUUAGAACAUGUGUGUGCCUGCAGGUUGUGGUUAGAAAAUGGUGCUGCAGGUGUGGGUUAGAACAUGGGCUGCAGGUUGGGGUUAGACAUGGUGCUGAGGUGGUGGGUUAGAACAUGGUGGGGUUGUGGGUUAGAACAUGGGUGUGCUGCGGUUGUGGGUUUAGAACAUGGUGCUGCAGGUUGUGGGUUAAAAAACAUGGUGCUGCAGUGUGGGUUAGAACAUGGUGCUGAGGCAGGUGUGGGUUAGAACAUGGUGCUGCAGGUGGGUUAGAACAUGGUGCUGCAGGUUGUGGGUUAGAACAUGGUGUGGCAGGUGUGUGUUUAGAACAUGGUGCGCAGGGUUGUGGGUUAGAACAUGGUGCAGCAGGUUGUGGGUUAGAACACUGGUGCUGCAGGUUGUGGGUUAGAACAUGGAUGCUGUGGGUUAGAACAUGGUGCUGCAGGUUGUGGGUUAGAACAUGGUGCUGCAGGUUGUGGGUUAGAACAUGGUGCUGCAGGUUGUGGGUUAGAACAUGGUUUGCAGCAGGUUGUGGGUUAGAACAGGGUUUGCUGCAGGUGUGGGUUAGAACAUGGUUGCAGACAGGUUGUGGGUUAGAACAUGGUGCUGCAGGUUGUGGGUUAGAACAUGGUGCUGCAGGUGUGGGUAGAACAUGGUGUGCAGGUUGUGGGUUAGAAACAUGGUGCGCAGGUUGUGGGUUAGAACAUGGUGCUGCAGGUUGUGGGUUUUAGAACAUGGUGCUGCAGGUUGUGGGUUAGAAACAUGGUGCUGCAGGUUAGAACAUGGUGCUGCAGGUGUGGGUUAGAACAUGGUGCUGUUGGGGUUAGAACAUGGUGCUGCAGGUGUGGGUUAGAACAUGGUGCUGCAGGUUGUGGGUUAGAACAUGGUGCUGCAGGCUGUGGGUUAGAACAUGGUGCUGUGGGUUAGAACAUGGUGCUGCAGGUUGUGGGUUUUAGAACAUGGUGCUGCAGGGUUGUGGGUUAGAACAUGGUGCUGCAGGUUGUGGGUUAGAACAUUGGUGCUGUGGGUUAGAACAUGGUGCUGCGGGUUUAGAACAUGGUGUGCAGGUGUGGGUUAGAACAUGGUGCUGAAGCUGGUUGUGGGUUAGAACACGGUGCUGCAGGUUGUGGGUUAGAACAUGGUGCUGCAGGUUGUGGGUUAGAACAUGGUGCUGCAGGUUGUGGGUUAGAACAUGGUGCUGUGGUUGUGGUUAGAACAUGGUGCUGCAGGUUGUGGGUUAGAACAUGGUGCGCAGGUUGUGGGUUAGAGCAUGGUGCUGCAGGUGUGGUUAGAACAUGGUGCUGCAGGUUGUGGGUUAGAACAUGGUGCUGCAGGUGUGGGUUAGAACAUGGUGCUGCAGGUUGUGGGUUAGAACAUGGUGCAGCAGGUUGUGGGUUAAAAACAUGGUGCGCAGGUGUGGUUGUUGGGAGAAUGGUGCUGGGUUAGAACACUGGUUGCUGCAGGUGUGGGUUAGAACAUGGUGCUGCAGGUUGUGGGUUAGAACAUGGUGCUGCAGGUUAGAACAUGGUGCUGCAGGUUGUGGGUUAGAACAUGGUGCUGCAGGCUGGGGGUUAGAACAUGGUGCUGCAGGCUGUGGGUUAGAACAUGAUGUUGUGGGUUAGAACAUGGUGCUGCAGGUUGUGGGUUAGAACAUGGUGCUGCAGGUUGUGGGUUAGAACAUGGUGCAGCAGGUGUGGGUUAGAACAUGGUGCUGCAGGCUGGGGUUAGAACAUGGUGCUGCAGGUGUGGGUUAGAACAUGGUGCUGCAGGUUGUGGGUUAGAACAUGGUGCUGCAGGUUGUGGGUUAGAACAUGGUGCUGCAGGUUGUGGGUUAGAACAUGGUGCUGCAGGUUGUGGGUUAGAACAUGGUGCUGCAGGUUGUGGGUUAGAACAUGGUGCUGCAGGUUGUGGGUUAGAACAUGGUGCUGCGGGUUUGUGGGUUAGAACAGGGUUUGCUGCAGGGUUUAGAACAUGGUGCUGGUGGGUUAGAGCAUGGUGCGCAGGUUGUGGGUUAGAACAUGGUGCUGCAGGUUGGUUAGAACAUGGUGCUGCAGGUUGUGGGUUAGAACAUGGUGCUGCAGGUUGUGGGUUAGAACAUGGUGCAGAGGUUUUGGUGAACAUGGUGCUGCAGGUUGUGGGUUAGAACAUGGUGCAGCAGGUUGUGGGUUAGAACAUGGUGCUGUGGGUUAGAAACAUGGUGCUGCAGGUUGUGGUUAGAGCAUGGUGCAGGUGGUUGCAGGUGCUGUGGGGUUAGAACAUGGUGCUGUGGGUUAGAAACAUGGUGCGCAGGCUGUGGGUUAGAACAUGGUGCUGCAGGUUGUGGGUUUAGAAACAUGGUGCUGCAGGUUAGAAUGGUGCUGGGUUGUGGGUAAACAUGGUGCAUGCAGGUGUGGGUUAGAACUGGUGCUGCAGGCUGUGGGUUAGAACACUGGUGCAGCGGUUGGGUUAGAACAUGGUGCUGCAGGUUGUGGGUUAGAACAUGGUGCAGCAGGUUGUGGGUUAGAACAUGGUGCUGCAGGUUGUGGGUUAGAACAUGGUGCAGCAGGUGUGGGUUAGAACAUGGUGCUGCAGGCUGUGGGUUAGAACAUGGUGCUGCAGGUUGUGGGUUAGAACAUGGUGCUGCAGGUUGUGGGUUAGAACAUGGUGCUGCAGGUGUGGGUUAGAACAUGGUGCUGCAGGUUGUGGGUUAGAACAUGGUGCAGCAGGUUGUGGGUUAGAGCUUGGUGCUGCAGGUUGUGGGUUAGAACAUGGUGCUGCAGGUUGUGGGUUAGAACAUGGUGCUGCAGGUUGUGGGUUAGAACAUGGUGCUGCAGGCUGUGGGUUAGAACAUGGUGCUGCAGGUUGUGGGUUAGAACAUGGUGCUGCAGGUUGUGGGUUAGAACAUGGUGCUGCAGGUUGUGGGUUAGAACAUGGUGCUGCAGGUUGUGGGUUAGAACAUGGUGCUGCAGGUUGUGGGUUAGAACAUGGUGCUGCAGGUUGUGUGUUAGAACAUGGUGCCACAUCGGCCACUGAAUAUAUGCGUCAUUGUCAAUGUUGACAGUUCUGUGAGUCACUUUGGAUUACACAACUGCUAGAUGACCAAAUGAUUUAUUAGAAACGUUCUACUUUCAUGAGAUGACAGACUAAAACCAAAAGGGGAAGCACUGAUCAUGCAGAUAACCAAAGUAACAGCCAAGCUUCCUCUUCCUCCCUCUCCCCACAGUUACUGUAGAAAAUCUCUCUCUCCCUCACAAUUACUGUAUAUAAUAACCGUGCCCCCCCCCCUCUCUCUCAGUGACUGCGCCCCGGCCUUCGUGGCCCCCCAGGGGAGGAAGGAGGAGACAGCCAGGAGGCUGUGGGACGCCAGCAGUGAGCUCCUGGGC